CUUAAUGAAAACCAAGUGUAAGGCAAGUCUCAGCCACCUGUCCCCGGGAUCCCCAGCCAAGCGCUCUGGGCUUCCAUUAAUCAAUGGAUCUGCCUCUUGGAAAGUGUCUUUUGCAUGCUGGACCUCUACCCUGGGGCGAUCGCAAAGCGGAGUUGGGGACCUGGAAGCCCUCUGGUAAUUUCUCUAAGCCAGAUACCAAAGCCGUGCUGGCAUUGCCGGCAAUUCUGCGUUUCCAAAACUGCUGCAAAAAGCCCUUGCAAGAAGAAAAAGGGGUAGGAGAGAAGCUCUUUACGUUGCAGGUCUGCAGUCCUGCCCCCUCUCCCCAGGAGCAGCACCUCUCCCACCUCCCUACUUCCCAAAGAUACUCUCUAGUUACUUUUCAAGGGAAAUUAGCUUAGGGGAGAAUAUUUUUUUUUUUUUCUUUUUCUUACAGACUUGAGCUGCUUUGAUUGCCUGGAAGCAUGAUUUCCUGAAACCUGCUCCUUUCUGGCUCUUGCAGAGCAGUUCUGUAAAUGGGGAUAUUUGAAUGCACUGCUUCUGUAGAUCCAGGGACACUUCUACUCGCUGCCUCUUGUGCAACACUUGCUUCAGUGAUGAAGGUACCUAAGUGGAGGUGGAGCAGCAUCUCCAUCAGUGCGCGAUCCCAGCUGAAAGGCACCCUGGCCCUUCUCCUCGUGGGCAACGUUGUCUUUGUGAUAGCUCAGGACCUGACGCAGACCUCCAACAGCCUGGAGGAAGGGGCAGACGUCACCGCGUACUGGUGGGGCGAGUGGACCAAGUGGACGGCGUGUACCAGGACCUGCGGGGGAGGCGUCAAGUCCCAGGAGAGGCACUGCCUGCGGCAGAGAAGAAAGUCAGUGAGUGGGCUGGCUAAUAAAACUUGCACUGGAACAUCCAAAAGAUACCAGCUCUGCAAAGUACAAGAGUGUCCUGCGAACGGAAGGAGCUUUCGAGAGGAGCAGUGUUCAUCAUUUAACUCCCAUGUGUAUAACGGCAGAACGUAUCAAUGGAAACCUUUAUAUCCUGAUGACUAUGUUCACAUUUCUAGCAAGCCCUGUGACCUCCAUUGCACCACUGUGGAUGGUCAGAGACAGUUAAUGGUUCAGGCUCGGGAUGGAACAUCCUGCAAAUACACUGAUUUCCGAGGGGUUUGCGUGUCUGGAAAAUGUGAGCCAAUUGGAUGCGAUGGCAUUCUCUUUUCCACCCACACCUUGGAUAAAUGUGGAGUUUGCCAAGGAGAUGGGAGCAGCUGCACUCACGUGACUGGCAGUUACCGGAAAGGAAAUUCUCAUCUUGGCUAUUCUCUGGUAACGCACAUUCCUGCUGGAGCAAGGGAUAUCCAGAUAGUAGAACGGAAAAAAUCUGCAGAUGUUCUGGCUGUGGCUGAUGAAGCCGGGUACUAUUUCUUCAAUGGGAACUACAAAGUUGACAGUCCAAAGAACUUCAACAUUGCAGGCACGGUGUUCAAGUACCGCAGGCCCAUGGAUGUUUAUGAGACUGGCAUAGAGUAUAUUGUUGCACAAGGACCAACAAAUCAAGGGUUGAAUAUAAUGGUCUGGAAUCAAAAUGGCAAGAAUCCAUCCAUCACGUUUGAAUACACCCUCCUGAGGAAGCCACACUCAAAAAAUCUGCAGCCCAUCUACUACACCUUCUCCGAGUCAGAUAGUGAAGAAAGCAGAGAGUUCGAUGGAGACGUGCCAUUGGGUUUUAUCCAGCACAAUGCAACCUAUUUUGGGAAAAUCUCCAGGGAAAGGAUAGACUUGGAGAACCAGGUGUUUGGAAGGCAGGACACGGAGGAAGAUUUAAACUUGAGCAAAGGUCAGGAAACCAAUGAGGUCUAUGAAAGAGCAGAAACAAUUGACUGUGAGCCAAAACUGAAGGGCAAACAACCCCAAGAUUCAAACGUAACCAGGUCUACUUACCAGACAGACCAUGACGACAGAGACUUCGACCCCAGGUUCACCUCCAGGGAAUUCCUUUUGGAGAAUGCCAUCACGGACAAGCUGCUGGACAAGACCUCGGACUCCAAGGAGCUGGUGCUCAACAUGACCAUGAACAGCAUUUUUGCCCAGGCAGACCCAAUCAACUCUGUGGGGUCACACAUUGACAGCCUCUAUGUUGACUAUGAGGACACUGAUGGCGUUGUGACCUACACCAUUAACAGCACUUACAUGGAGCUGAGCAAAGCCAUCAACACAUCUGCAGAGACGCCGUUUUCAAAUGCCACUAUCACCAUGACCAGCCCUCAAGGGAACAGAACCCACAAAGCAAGAAACAGAUUGAAGUUGUUAAGAAAGGGCCAAGGUGUGAGUGCUGCUGACAUGUACAGGUGGAAGCUUUCCUCCCAUGAACCCUGCAGCUCUACAUGUACCACAGGAGUGAUGUCCACAUAUGCUAUGUGUGUUCGCUAUGAUGGGAUCGAAGUGGAUGAUACGUACUGUGAUGCCAUGACCCGUCCUGAGCCCAUCCAUGAGUUCUGUGCUGGGAGAGAGUGCCAGCCAAGGUGGGAGACGAGCAGCUGGAGCGAGUGCUCCCGCACCUGUGGGGAGGGCUACCAGUUCCGCAUCGUCCGCUGCUGGAAGAUGAUCUCUCCGGGAUUCGACAGCUCCGUCUACAGCGACCUCUGCGAGUCCGCGGACAUCACCCGGCCAGAUGAGCGCAAGGUCUGCAAGAACCCAGCCUGCGGGCCCCAGUGGGAGAUGUCGGAGUGGUCCGAGUGCUCGGCCCGGUGCGGAGAGCGGAGCGUGGUGACACGGGACAUCCGCUGCUCGGAGGACGAGAAGCUUUGCGAUGCCAGCGCCCGGCCCCUGGCCGAGAAGAACUGCACCGGGCCACCCUGCGACCGGCAGUGGACCGUCUCCGACUGGGGACCGUGCAGCGGCGGCUGCGGGCAGGGCAGGAUGAUCCGGCACGUGUACUGCAAAACCAGCGACGGGCGGGUGGUGCCGGAGUCGCAGUGCAACCUGGAGACGAAGCCGCUGGCCAUCCAUCCCUGCGGGGACAAGAACUGCCCCUCGCACUGGCUGGCACAGGACUGGGAACGGUGCAACACCACGUGCGGCCGGGGCGUGAAGAAGAGGAUCGUGCUCUGCCUGGAGAUCGUCAACGGCAAGAUCAAGACCCGCAACCCCGCUGAUUGCGACGUCGCCAAGAAGCCCGUGGAGGAGACGACGUGCUUUGAGCGGCCGUGCUUCAAGUGGUACACGACCCCCUGGUCGGAGUGCACGAAAACCUGUGGCAUCGGCGUGAGGAUGCGGGAUGUGAAGUGCUACCAAGGGAAGGACAUCGUCCGGGGCUGCGACCCGCUGGUGAAGCCGGUGGGCAAACAGACCUGCGACCUGCAGCCCUGCCCCACGGAGCCCCCAGAUGACAGCUGCCAGGACCAGGCAGGAACCAACUGUGCUUUGGCCAUCAAAGUCAACCUGUGCAGCCACUGGUACUACAGCAAAGCCUGCUGCCGCUCCUGCCGCGCACCCCACUCCUAGUGCCCGGCAGCACCCAGCACCCACGGCACACACCGGGCCGGCACCCCUCCCUUAGCAAGGGCUCCGUGUACCAUUUAGUAAGCACUACACAUCCCACAGACUGGUGUUAAGGUUUCGUUUUUUUUUUUUCUUUUCGCCCCACCGAUGCAGAACUACUAUCCUUGUCCCUCUCCCAGGUAGAGGAACAGCGCCGGCACGGCUCGGUUGCAAAGCCGUUACCGCUGUACAUGGGUAGCCCCGUUAUCAGAGCUGUACAUAAAGUCGUGUAUAUUUGAUUCCCCCGAACUGCAGACACAUGCACGUGUUUCACAAGGUCUUGUCCUUUUGGUUUCUUUCCUCGAUGCAAGUUUGGGGUUGACGAGGGGAAGGCAUGAACUCCGUGAAGUGCAAGUUUCCCUUCGCAAAGGGGGUUAGUGCCUCUCUCCUAAUUUAUCCCCGAGACCUGCGCGCUCUCGUUAGCUGCAUUUAAUGUGGUGGGAAGCUGAUUUUCGUUUGCUAAAUGAACUCAAGCCCAAGCCCUUUUUUUGUAAUAUGUAGGUGUAUACUUUUUCAGAGAAUUUUAUCUUAUAAUCAAAUGUUAGUUCCGUAGUCCUUACACCUCCCCCCCGUAAUGCUGACAUAUUGUAUAUAAUAUGGAAACAUAACUGCACUUUAUAUCACAAAAAAGACGUGCUCUUUUUUAAUAUAUUUGUUUACAGACAGUGAACUUUAUCCAUAUAAUCAUUAAUUUGUACUCAUAUGUAUAUUUUAAUAAAGUUGUCAUAUUUAUGGUGGUA